AUGAAUUCUAAUAGAUAUCCAUCACCCAUGCAAGAUCGAAAUACUUUAUCAGCAUCAUCUACAACUGAAAUAUAUGCUCAACACCCACAAAGAAAAGAAAAUUUAACCACAAAAGUUCGUCAAACAAUAAAUGCACGUGAUAAACGUAUACGAAGUCAUGAUGGUAGAAAAUUAUCCACGCCUGAUAUGACGACUUUAACUCCACAAAGUCAAGAACUUAUUUUACAUGCAUUUGAAACAAUUAGAAAUGAAGAUAGUAUAAAUUUGAUGACCACAUUAGAUGAAAGUCGAGAUAUGUUAAGAAAUUCAUAUGAUGAAUUUCAACGUGAACAAGAUAAAUAUAAAAAACAACUUGAAGAAAUUACAAGAAACAAAGAGUUAGCAAUGCAAAGACGAAAAGAAAAUGCAAUACCAAUUUCACUUUUCUUACGACAAAAACAUGAUAUUCGUGGUCUUGCUGAUCUUCGUCCAAAUUCAGGUAUGAAUGCAACAUAUCAAGCAUAUUUUGAAGCACUUCUUACACCAAAUCAAAAUCAACAACAACAUCCAUCAGAUAAAGCUGCUGUUAUUAAAUAUAUUCGUCGACGUGAAAGACAAAGACGUGCAGAAGAAAAUCGGAAAACAUGUGCAUUAUCUGCUGAUGUUUUUGAAAAACAAACAUCAGAUAUAAUAGAAAAAAUGAGUGGUAUGGACGUUAAAUUAGAAAAUGAAAGAGAAAGACAAAAUAAUUUAUUACGUACAAAAAUGAAUGAAAAAAUAACUAAAACUCAAAAUAUAAUUGAAGUUGGUCAAAUAAUUGAUCAAGCUCAUGAAGCAAAUUUAGCUCGGGAACGUGUUGAACAAAAACAUCGAGAAAAAAUGGAAGCACGGCUAUCAGCAGCACGAAAUCAACAAAGUCAAACACCAACAAAUAUGAUUCAUGUUCAAAGUCAUUUAAAUGAUGAUGAUGAUGACAACAAUAGAAAUUUUGAAUUAAAUGAUGAACAAAGAGCAGCAACAAAAAAUUCUAUUCAAUUAUUAAAUAAUAAUAAUGAUGGUUAUAAAGCUGUGCGUUCAAUAACACCUGUUUAUGGUAAUGAAGAUUCAAAUGAAAAAAUUGCAAAUAUUUAUAUAUAA